AUGAUCGAAGAAGGGAAUUACGAUAGAGGUGAAAUGGAUGACAAUGACGAUGAUGAUGAGGAUGAGGAGGAUGAAGAUACGGGUGUUGUGAAGAGACGUGGAAAUAAACGAUCAGAUAGACGAGAAGGAGAAGAAAAUGAUCAACAUCGUGAUAAUGAAGACGACUUUGAGAAGUACUACGCUAGACAUAGCAACAAGGAAGAUAAGAAUAUCACAUCUUACAGUACGUACCCAAACAUUUACAAUGAUCAAACGAAGAAAUACCUCACGGAACGAUCCAACAUCGAGUAUGACGAUUAUAAAGGAUUCGAGCAGAUGUCCUUGAAGAGUCAAUACAGAAAGCAAUUUUAUGAACUGCUUGAUAAUGUCCUUCGGAUUAAGAAGGAUAACACGUUGCUCUUUUAUAUAUGUUCCCUCUCGUUCCUCAAUAGUGUAGAAGACAUCAUGAUCCUCAUGCUCAUCCCCCUGACCUCUAUCUACAUCUCGGAGUUCUUCUACAUUAGUAGUAUUUUCGUGCAGCUCCUCAUUGCCGUCAUCUUGAUUUCCCUCACCAAGUGCUUCGAGAAUAUAUCCUACUACUCCAAUAAGAGAAAUAUUAUCGCGCUGAAGGACAUCUUUAUCGGAAUCAUCCUGUCCGGAGCCUCCCUCCUGUUCUUUUUCUUCCCCUUCCUGAUGAUCAACCACCUGAACAUCUACAGCUUUUUAAUUUUCUACAUUUUCUGUUGCCUUUUUUACUUUUUCUUCUCGACCAACUUGAAGACGACGCUCUCCCGAAACCUACAGAAGUACGUACGGGAAUCCAAGACGGACAUUUACAACUUCGUAGGUCUCUUCAUGUCCUUCGUGAAUCUUUUGUUUGUCAUUCUGACGACCUUCUUCCUUUCGGUAAUGGACAACUAUGUCAUUAACUACGUGAUGAUUUGCUUCUUUUUGAUUUGCCUGUUGGGCCUGCUCUACGCCUGGGCCACCGCCACUCUGAAGGACUCCAGUUAG